AUGGAGGUGGAUAUCUCCCCCCAAGGCGGAGCCCGCCCGGCGACUCCGCGCCUGGGUGAAAACUCUGACCCCCCCUCAGGACCUACCACCCCGACUCCCCUACCCCGGAACUCCCUGAAGAGAAGGGCCUUAUUCUCACCGCAGAAGACUCCCAAUGCAGCUCCUGCCGCUAUACCUCAUAUGCCGCAAGCCCUAUUAAUCUGUGAUCAGGUCAGCAUGGUAGCAGAUGACCAGCUAAUCCUCCUCAAUGACUGGAAACUAGCAAUGACCUCUCUGGCUAAAGCUCUAGACCUAACCGUCUCCUCUCUACAAGGCUGUCCAAGAGACCUGGCACAGGGACUUGCAGCCAGAUUUGUCACCCUCGCAAAGCAAGACUCCCCGCAGCGGAUUCCUCAGAUGCCUGCGGUUGCACCCCCACAACCACCUAGGCAGAUGGAACAGCCAAAUCAACCUCCCACUCCUGAAGCAUCCAAAGGACCCCCGGGUAGGCGAACCUCGCAGCAUACAACCUGGGCAUCCCUAACAGCUCCAAGAGCUGGCCAGGGGAACUGGCAAACUAUUACCCCUAAACAGCAUAUGCAAGCUAAACAAACCACACAACAAAAGCUGAAGCAGUUAAACAAGACUGACCACCACAUCUUCCUCCGCCUCCCGGCCUCCUCCAGCCUCCGGGCUAUCGGACCACAUGGCAUCCGGGUCACCCUUGCUGGGAAGGUUCCGGACGUGAUCACACAGGUGCAAGGAAAGGCUUUCCUACUGUCAGAGAAGGCAGCAAGCCUAGCUGGGGAUGGGUACUUUGAAAUUCUAACAGAGUACUAUCAGCCUUUCCAAAAAAGCUACAAUACCCCCUGCAACUCUUUGGCUUGUCCGGCCUAUCAAGGCCUACCUGCCCCAAGCAAAGGCCUUUGCAAUGCACGUGAUGCUACUGCUUCCAUGAUACAAGGGCCUGCUGCUCUAGUGACUGAUACAUUUCCUGCAGAUCCUCAAAACAGGAUCAUAACUGCUGUGUACAGUGUAUCAACUACUGCAGCCCACAUGCAGCAGACUUCCCAAAAUGCCCAGCCAGACCCUAUAUCCAGAAGAAUAUUAUUACCCGCCUCUCAAAGGAUGCUCUAG